AAUAAGUGUUAAAUUAUACUCUUAAGAGUGUUUUUGUAGUAAUAAUCCACACUCAGCAUUUUUAGCUAUAAGUCAUUUAAAUAUUUAUAAAACUAUAAGUUCAAUACCUACAUCGAAAGCGGGAAACUUUUAUAAUAUGUCUUUACCGGGAGGACAAGAUGUUGUAAUUUCUGACGAUGAAGAAGAUAUGAACUUUGACGACAAAAAGGUUUUUAGAAAAUCAACACUGGAUUACCUUUUUCCUUCAUCAACUUCUAAUCUGGGAGAAACAGAUGAUAAUGUUCUUAUAUCCUCUGAUGAUGAUAAAGGUACUCCUCUAAAAAACACAAAAACUACAACUUCGGCACGUAUACCAACAACCUCGACAGCUGGGAUAUAUAAAAAAUACAUAGAAGGUGUUGAAGUUAUUCUUCCAGUAAAACCAUACCCCUCCCAACUUACCGUGAUGAGCAAAGUAAUAUCUGCUUUAAAUAAAAAGAAAAACUGUUUAGUCGAGAGUCCCACUGGCACUGGCAAAACUCUUGCGCUUCUUUGUGCCGCGUUGGCUUGGCAGCAACGAGAGGAAGAUCGCCUGUCCGAGAUAAAAGCUAAAGAACUCUGUGAAAGUCAUCUCGAGUUAAAGAAAGUCGAUGGUGCGAAGGAAUACAUCAAAACUCCAGAAAAGUACGACAUCACAUCACCGGAAAAAUUCUUCUCAAGAAACAAUUUUGCGCGUGUCACUUGUGCGGCGGGGCGCGGGCGCGGCGACCGACACCGGUGGCGUCGGGAGCCGGCGUCCGGGCGCCGCGUCGCCAUGGCAACGACACCGCGACACCCGCCCGCCCGUCGCCCGCCCCGCGCGCCGCUCGACCCGAAACCACCCUUAUAA